AUGAAACGUAUUCUUGAGUUUAACGAUUACAUACAGCAAAACAAGCCCUUCAAAUCCAAGCAUGCUUCAAAGGGGUCACUGAAAGCUGCUGCCAAAGGCCGAGUUGGGAACUCUCCCAAAUCGCAACCAGCAGCCAGCGUCGCAAUUGCUCAAACUAAACUAAAUCGUAAAAAUUCAGCUAAACAGAACCAGCUCAAGAAGAAGGCAGAGUUGGCGGACGAAGGCAAAAUCUUCACACCUCGGAUAGUGGCAAUUGUCCCGUUGUGUCCCGACGUCUCGGCCCAGCAAACUGCGCUUCAAAUCGUCAAAUCUCUGGGUGUGGAUGCCUCUUCAGCACCACAGUCAGGCACAUGGAUCGUCGAAGCUCCACGCUUCCGGACAACCCUACAGUUCCUUAUCCUACCUUACCAAGUAGACACCUGGGGCGAGCGUCUCCUCCGAGUUCUUCAAAGUCAAGGAGGGCUACACAAUGUAGUCUCAACCGUAUCCCAUUCGGACGGCUCGAGAACCCAGCCAGCUAUACAAAAAUCACUUCUGUCUUUUGUUCAGUAUUUCGUACCGACACAAAAUAGGGUAUUCGACUUGACAACUGAGUCGGACGCGAGGAAUGCUGCGAGGGCUUUGUGUGAAGGAGUUCCCAGGACCGGCCCAGCGAGUGCAAGUUGGAGGGAUGGUCGGUCUUGGAUAGCGGCUGAGAACGUGGACUGGGAAGAAAAUGGCGAAUUGAGGAUCACUGGCGUUGUUCGCGGGUCAGCGCUGACAGCCAAUCGACUAGUGCAUAUACCCUCUUUAGGGGAUUUCCAAAUAUCCAAAGUUCUUGCAGCCCCUCGCCCCCGUGCGCACAAACAUAGCGCAGAAGUGACCAUGGAUGUUACACCAACGGACAUGACUAUUAUCGCGGAACGUCAACCAUCUGAUGCAGAUUCCCUAACUUCUACGAAUAGGCCCGACGAAAUGACAAACGAACAGACAUGGCCGACUGCAGAAGAACUUGCCGAAGGGGAGGCUCGUGAGGCAAGCGCUCUGAAAGCUUCCUCUAAGAAAUCCAAGAUCAAGAGGGUACCUAGGGGAACAUCUACUUACCAGGCGGCGUGGAUCGUUGACGAUGCGGACGAUGAAGAUGAAGGGGACGAGGAUGAGGACGCUGAUGCCGAUAUGGAAGCGGAGGCUAAUGUGGGAGAAGGUCAAGAAGAAGAGGAAGAUAUGGUUGAGUUGGACGAGGAGGCCGAAGACGACCCAGCCAUGUCAGUUACCAACAGUAAGGCAGGAAAAAGUGUUGCAUUCGAAGACAUGGACGUAGAAGAGGAAGCUCGGCAGCUUGAUACCUGGCGUACUCGAGAACGAGAAGACGCAGACGAUCUUGCCUUCCCCGAUGAGAUUGACACUCCACAAGAUACCCCCGCUCGCACACGUUUUGCUCGUUACCGAGGGCUGCGUUCCCUCCGUACAAGCCCAUGGGACCCGUAUGAGAACCUCCCACAAGACUAUGCGCGAACGUUUCAGUUCGAGGAUUAUGCACGCACGGAGCGAUCUGUGCGCAAGUACGAGGACGAACACGCGGCCAAGCCUGCCACACGGGUUGUUGUAUGCGUUGAGAGUGUGCCGAGAGAUGUGGUCCGGUUAUAUGGCCCAGGGCGACCUUUGAUCAUGUUUACACUACUGCAGCACGAGCAUAAGGUUUCAGUACUCAAUUUUACUGUACAACGAAAUACCGAAUACAACGAGUCCGUACGUUCCAAGGAUCCUAUGAUUCUAUGCGUUGGGCCUCGCCGACUCCGUACAAACCCCGUAUAUAGUCAACAUACGCGAGGAGGUGGGAAAGGCGUAAACAAUGUUCACAAAUUUGAGCGAUAUCUUCGCCACGGAGAUGCAAGCGUUGCAACAAUCUAUGGCCCUAUCGUCUUUGGAAAACAGCCUUGCACAUUACUUCGCGAAACCGGUGAUCCAGAAGCACCUGAACUUGUCGCAUAUGGUUCGUUCCACAACACCGAUGCCCAACGAAUCAUAGCCAAACGUAUCAUCCUGACUGGACACCCAUUCAAAGUGCAUAAGAAAACCGCAACCGUCCGGUACAUGUUCUUCAACCCUGAGGAUGUCCGAUAUUUCGCGCCAACCCAACUACAUACUAAGCAUGGACGGACAGGUCAUAUUCGUGAAAGCCUCGGGACCAUGGAUAUUUCAAAGCUCACUUCGAUGGCCCUCUCACCCAGAUGGACACCUGGGCAGGACACCAACGACGACGUGGCAAUGGAAGAAUGA